CUCAUGGCAUGGAGGCCCUGCAUGCAUCGGGCCUCUAGGGAGGGAUGAUAACACCCCAGACAAUAUGCAGAUGCCAUGACGUAGGUGGGUUUCCCUCCAUAGCAGGGGCAUUUAAGCCGUCCUGGAGCUUUGCGCUCGAGGUCGAGUUCUGGUUGAUAACUUAUUUCUACACUUUUCUUGACACAUUAUCUGUUACUCACGAGAUUUUCCACAUUUAGUAUUUCACGCUACUUCUACUGUAUCAUAAUUCCUUACGAGUUACUUGUUUGUACACCUACGAUUCACGAGCUACGACAAUCAGCGAAGCUAUCUUCACCAUUACCUAGCCUUACAAGAUAGGAGCCUUCUUAAGCUCUUUUCCAAGCCCUUUCACAUCCAAUCAAUCAACACCAGCAGACACCCCUACCAUGGCCUCUCCCUUUGCGAGCAAAGUCUCCAAACUCAAUCUCAGCCCCGACUCCAAGCGUGGCACUCCCCCCAAGCUCCGCCAGCAAACCCCCGCGAAGAAAACCCCUCCGAAGCUCCGCUCCCAGGAAACUGUCUCUCAAGCAGAAGAACCGAGCGCUCCAUCCACCCCCACACCCAAGGGUAAGGUCACCCAGCUACAGUCUGAACAGCGCGCCUCUCCGUCUCCGGUCCCAGAAGAUGUUCAGUCUCAGGCAUCUGGCUCUGCAAGCCAGGCUCAACGGCCGGCUUCCGAACUCGGGGAGAAGGCCCAAGACACUGCUCAGAGUGUGACUGGAGAACAAGAUGUUGGCCCGAUUGACUUGUCCGUCCUGAAGGGACUGCAAGUCGGUGAAGACGGUCUCAUCCAUGACCAGGAUGGAAACGCAAUUGGACGGCUCGUGGAAGGUCAGGCAGAACAUCUGGCAGGAUACUCCGUCGGUGACAACGGAGAGAUCCUGGAUGAGGAGGGUGAUCUCGUCGGAGUCGUCGAUGUCCUUCCUGAUGCCUUUCAGAAUACCCUCGGGAACACCCAGGAGGAGGCUCAAGAGACUACCGGUCGAGCCACAAAGACUAUAACCGAUAUUGCGGAGCUUGCCGACCGCCCUCUGUCAGAAUCUGGAGAGAUCAAGGACGACGAUGGCAACACCAUUGGAAAGCUUGUCGAGGGAAACCCCGAGGACCUGGCUGGAUAUGCUGCCAAUGAAGAAGGAGAUAUCCUCGACGACGAUGGAGAUCUUAUCGGCCGGGUAGAGAUUGCUCCCGAGGCUCAGGAGUCCCCCGAAUCCCAGGAAGCCCCCGAUGCCCAGGAGGCCCCCGAUGCCCAGGAGGCCCCCGAUGCCCAGGAGGCCGAGGAGGCCCCUGAAGGUAAGGUACCUGAGAGUGUAGCCGAGGAGAGCGUAGCCGAGACAAAACCCAUCAGCGAUAUUGCAGCUCUGGCCGAACGUCCCUUGUCGGCUUCUGGUGCGAUUAAAGACGACCAAGGCAAACGGAUCGGGAAGCUAAUCGAAGGCAAUCCUGAAGACCUGGCCGGCUAUGCCCCAAACAAAGAGGGUGAGAUCCUGGAUGACGAUGGCGAUCUCAUCGGUCGAGUCGAGAUUGCCUCCCAAGCUCGCCAAGGUGCUACCAGCGCUUCCAGCUCCCGGAGACCUCCUAGCAAACUCAGCCGUGAGGCUGUUGAAGAUGGAGAGCAGAGAGAUACUGCUUCUCUUGAUGAAGCUAAGGAGUCUGCCAAGCAAUCCACGGAGUCUGCUGAUACUUUUGAAGAUGCACCUGAGGACGUUCCUGAGAACGCUGCAAAGGAUGCCGCCGAGGACGUUCCUGAGGACGCUGCAGAUGGCGUUACUGAGGACGCUGCAAAGGACGCUUCUGAGGAUGUCCCUGAUGGCGAGGACGCUGCAGAGGACGCCGCUGAAGAAUCGGGGGACGAUCUUCCUCCCCUUUCUAUUCUCGAAGGCCUCAAAUGCAACAAGCUUGGGAAGAUUGUCGAUCGUCAAACCGGUAAGCCUAUCGGUGAACUAAUCGAAGGGGAUGCGAAGAAGAUCUCUAGGUUCGGCGCCCAGCUUGAUGACAAGGGCCAGUUCUGGGACAACCGCGGAAACGUUAUCGGAAAGGUCAAGACGCUCCCUGUUGAAGAGCACCCCGACGAACCACCCUUCGGCGGCUUGGAGGGCCUCCACGUCGUUGAAGACGGGUGGGUCGAGGACCAAAACGGUAAACGCGUUGGCAAGAUUAGCGACGGCGAUCCAAAGAAGGUCCUGGGUCGCGCCGUUGACGAGGACGGUGAUGUCUUGGACAAGAACGGCAACACCAUCGCCAAGGCCGAAUACUAUGAGGCUGUGGAGGAGCCCGAACCCGAGCCCGAAGCACCUGAUCUCUCUAGCCUGGAGGGUCUCACCCCCAACAAGCUUGGAUAUGUCAUUGGACCCAAGGGCGUCCCGAUUGGCCGUGUCGUGGAGGGCAAGGUGAAGGAGCUCGCCGGCAAGGAGAUCCACGAUGGCCAAAUCUAUGAUGGCCCUAAGCCCAUCGGACGGGUGGAGCUCAUCCCCCAGAACGAGCAGGAAAAGUCAGCCGAAGGCCCUUUUGCUGGUCUGGACAACCUUGUCGUCAACAAAGAGGGUCUCGUCGAAGAUGAUGACGGCAACGUCGUUGGUAAGGUUGUCGAAGGCGACAUCAAGACCUUGCGCGGCCGCGCCGUCGAUGAGGAUGGAGAGAUCAUCGACAAGUACGGCAACGUCAAGGGCCGUGCUGAGCCAUACGAAGUAGAAGUGCCGGAGGAAGAGGCACCAGACCUGUCCAUCCUGGAAGGCAAGACUGUCAAUAAAGCCGGUAACGUGGUGGAUGCUCAGGGAAAUGUUUUCGGACGGAUUACCUCAGGCGACAAGCGUCUUGCUGGUCGAAAGGUCGAUGGCAAGGGCCAGAUCUGGGGUGAUGACGGCAAGGUAAUUGGCACGGCUGAACUUAUCCCAGGAGCCGAGCAGCAGAAGCCCGAGGGUGCUUUCUACGGAUUUGAGAAUGCCGUUGUUGGCAAGGGCGGUGUUGUCACUGAUAGCUCAGGCCAGAUCAUCGGCCGAGUCAUCGAAGGUGACGCACAGCGCCUCCAGGGCCGCCCGGUCGACGAAGACGGUGACAUUUUGGACAAGAACGGCAACACCAUCGGUCGCGCUGAGCGCUGGCAGCCCGAGGAGAAGGAGCGCAACGUUAACCCAAUGUCGGGACGCAAGGUCAACCGCGAGGGUGAGGUGCGCGAUGCUGAUGGUAACCUCAUUGGCAAGUUGACCUCGGGCAAUCUCCCCUCCUUGAUCGGCAAGGACAUCGAUGACAACGGUUAUGUGGUGGACAAUGACGGCAACAAGAUUGGCGAAUGCACCCUGAUCGAGAACAUUCCUGAACCAGAGCCAGAGGAGCCCGAGCCCGAGCCCGAGCCCGAGCCGGAAGAGCCGGGGCCCUCCCCUGAGGAGCUGGAGGCUCAGAAGAAGCUAGAAGACGACAGGCAGUUGGCGAAGAAGAUGAGUGCUAUUAUAGGACAGACGUUGGAGCGUCUUCGUCCCAUCUGCAAGAUGAUUUCAGAGCAUAUCGAGAAGGCGGAACGCACGCCCAAGGAUGAGUUGGAUGAGGAGCAAUUGGUCAAGGAUGUGAAGCCGUUGCUCGAAGAGGGCAACGGAAUCCUCCAGGAGUGCAAUGGUGCCAUCCGCUCCCUUGACCCCGACGGUCAUAUUGCUGCCACAGCCAAGGCCCGUGCUGCGUCUCACGAGGCAUCACCGGAAGAAUAUGCAUUGGCUGAACAACUCAAGGAGUUGACCAAUCUGGUGCUCACUACCAUCGACAACGCCAAGAAGAAGAUCGCCGGCAUGCCCCAUGCAAAGAAGCAGCUGAACCCUCUGUGGGCGCUCCUUAGCGAGCCUCUCGGUCAGAUUAUCACUGCAGUUGGAUUGCUGCUGACUGGUGUGCUCGGGCUGGUUGGCCGCUUGCUGCAAGGCCUUGGUCUGGGACCUCUGGUGAAUGGAUUGUUGGGUGGACUGGGACUGGACAAGUUGCUCGGCAGUUUGGGAUUGGGUUCGUUGACCGAUGCACUGGGCUUGACUGGAAAGAAGAAAUGAUUGGCUGGAAGCGGUUGUGAUUAUUUCGUGAUUCAAUUUUUUUCGUCGAAAUUGACUAAUAAUCCCUAGCCUGUUUAACUAGUUAAUUUGAGGGUUCAUUUAAUAAGGUCAUUGCCAAAC